UCUGUUGUGUCUAGUAUACACAAAUAAAACAAUUUUUUCUUGAAUAAAUGAGGGGGUUUAUGGGUGUGUCAGCAUCUAAGGCUAUCUGUGCCUGUAAUUUUGCCAGAAAAAUUAUAUUAUAUGAUGGCAUUUGGGUGCAUGCCAGUAUGGCUCAAGCACUUAAAUGUAAAGUCAUUCUUUGAUUUUACAAAUAUUUUGCUUCUGAGUGAACAAAAUAUAUUAAAUGUUCACUUCAGAACCAGAGACGGUGGUUCCAAAGAAUAUCAAAUAGUGGAAUAGCUCAUAUUUUAUCUCUGGCCCAACCUAAGUAUAUCAUGGGGAAAAAGUUAUAUAACCUACACGGCAUACGGAAAUUCUUUAGGUGUAAUAUUUUACAUGAGGUCAGCUCCAUGUCUCUGACUUAUGAACCAAGCUUCAGUGCCUAUUCACGGGCUAGCCAAGGAGGUUUUGGCAACAUAACAGUAGUGGACAAAGUAUUACCAGAGAUGCUGCAUCUUGUUGAUCCUCACUGGUACCAGUUCCCGCCCUUGAACCCAUUGUGGCAUGGAAUACUUGGUUUAGUGAUUGGAGUGCUGGGUGUAGUCUCUGUUACUGGCAAUGGAAUGGUCAUAUAUAUCUUCUCAUCCACAAAGUCACUCAGAACACCAUCCAACCUUCUAGUGGUGAACCUUGCAUUCUCCGACUUCCUUAUGAUGCUCUGCAUGUCACCAGCUAUGGUUAUCAACUGCUUCUAUGAGACCUGGGUACUGGGCCCCUUGAUGUGCGAGCUCUAUGGAAUGUGUGGCUCUCUCUUUGGAUGUGUCUCCAUAUGGACAAUGACCCUAAUCGCUUUGGACAGGUACAACGUAAUUGUUAAGGGGUUAUCAGCCAAACCCAUGACAAACAAAGGAGCCAUACUCAAAAUCCUCGCAGUGUGGGUCUUUUCUAUCAUAUGGACUAUCUUCCCAAUGUUUGGCUGGAACAGGUAUGUGCCUGAAGGCAAUAUGACCGCCUGUGGCACUGACUACUUGAACAAGGAUUGGGUGAGCCGAAGCUACAUCCUUAUUUAUUCUGUGUGGGUGUACUUCACUCCUCUACUGACCAUUAUUUACUCCUACUGGUUCAUUGUGCAGGCUGUAGCAGCCCAUGAGAAACAAAUGAAGGAGCAGGCAAAGAAGAUGAAUGUGGCUUCCCUGAGGUCAGCUGACCAGUCCAACACCAGUGCGGAGUGUAAGUUGGCCAAGGUUGCUUUGAUGACUAUUUCACUGUGGUUCUUUGCUUGGACACCAUACCUCGUUACAAACUUUACCGGUAUCUUCGAAGGUGGUAGCAUCAGCCCUCUGGCCACUAUCUGGUGCUCUCUGUUUGCCAAAGCUAAUGCAGUCUACAAUCCCAUUGUCUAUGGAAUCAGCCACCCCAAGUAUCGAGCAGUUUUAACAAAGAAGUUCCCCAGCUUAGUUUGUGCAAAUGCUGAAGAUGAUUCUGGCUCUGUGGCCUCUGGAGCCACCACUGUCAGCGAAGAGAAGACCUCUACUGCAUAACCUGUAUAGUGCAAUCUGGUCCAUCAGCUGAUAAACCUUCAGACAUCUGGAACACUGUUUUUAGGGUUACAGCACCUGCCAACUCUCAGCACUGAAGCAGCACUGUCAAGUCUCAAUGGACUAAAAUUAUUUUUGUUCUGUGAUAAAAUAAUAAUUAUUAUAAUUAUGACAUCCUACAAGUGUUCAUUUAUUUGUGGCUUAUUUAACAAUGCAGUUAGUAGCUCAGAAUUUAUAGCAUUAAAUGACAAGCUGAUUAGUGAAUAAUGAAUUGGGAAGGAUAUGGUAGGAAGUGGUCACAGUCUAAUUUAAGGUACUAUCUUGGAAUUUGCAUGGAGGGACAAUCACAAAAACCUUAGGAUAGCCUGCCUCCAGGCCAAUAUUUGGAAAUGGAAUGUUCCAAAUGUGAUGCAGGACUGCUGAUCACCAACAUUCAAUGACAUCAUACAUGAUAAAGCCCACUGUAACUACGUAUGCUAGAAGCAAGCAUAUAAUAAUCAGGUUGUCAUGGUAGUCAGUCAAGACUCACAUUUAUAUGACACUGUGAUAGGCUGGGCUACCAACAUUUUGGAUGAAUUAAUGGUCUCCACCUUCAGUGUAAAAUGAAUAUUGGAAGUUAAGUAGUAUAUCACAGAAUAAAGACUGCCAGUUUCUCUAAAACACCGACGAUCCAACUCACCAUAAUAUAGUGAAAUCAUCAAAAAAUGAGGAGACAUGUUUUGCAAGUACAAGAAACAUGACAUUUCCAUGUUUUGCAAAUGUAGCUCUACAAUGAUGGGGUGAACAGCAGAUGUGCAAGUUAAGCUGUCAUUGUGUUCACUAUCUUUACAGAAAUAUAAAGAAAUAAAUUCACUUCACAAAAUUCAUCAAUAUAAUUGAAUGGCAAAAUGUGUACAGCACCUUAACAACAGAAAUUGUGUACAAAUUACUUAAAACCCAACCUGUGUUAAUAUCUUUAAUUCAUUAAAGGCAUUCACUAGUA